AUGACAGCUAGCUGUCAGAAAGUGAGUUCAUUCCCUGAGCAGCGGCGACGGAGUGCCGUCGAUAGUUUUUUAUUUUUAUGAUUUUUUACCCAUCUGUUGGUAUCGGGUACAUCGAGGCAACGGAACGACCUAUCCACCGAGCCCGGCCAUGGACGAGCAGGCAGGGCCCGGGGUGUUCUUCAACAAUAAUAACUCUGUUUUAGCCGGCGGUGGGAAAGGACCUCUGCCCGAUGGCGACGCUGGGGAGGCGGCUAGAGCGCAGUACAGCAUCCCGGGGAUCUUGCACUUCCUGCAGCACGAAUGGGCCCGUUUCGAAGUUGAAAGGGCACAAUGGGAGGUGGAGCGGGCCGAGCUGCAGGCCCAGAUCGCCUUCCUCCAGGGGGAGCGAAAAGGCCAGGAGAACCUAAAGAAAGACCUCGUCAGGAGGAUUAAAAUGCUGGAGUAUGCACUGAAGCAGGAGAGAGCAAAAUACCACAAGUUAAAAUACGGGACGGAAUUAAAUCAAGGUGACAUGAAGCCUCCAAGCUACGACUCUGAUGAGGCCAACGAAAACGAGACUUCUGGAUCACUCAACAAUCAGCUGUCCUGGAAACAAGGCCGGCAGCUCCUCAGACAGUACCUGCAGGAGGUCGGCUACACAGACACCAUCCUGGAUGUGAAGUCCCAGCGGGUCCGAGCUCUGCUGGGACUUGCCGGAGACGGAGGCGGGAAAACGGGUGAACGGAUGAACACGGAGCCUUCGGUCAACGGAACAGACUCAACGACUAAGGGCAUCGGCACACCAGGGAAAGCUGAGCUCUCUGACACUAGCGCCGUCCUGGAGGCCUUCAAAUUCAUUGAAAACGCAGCGGCUGAGUUCAGCGAUGAAGAUGAGGAGGAGGACAGUGAGGGGAAGGAGAGGACUAAUGUGGAAUCCAGGACUAUCAUGAGGAAGAAACCUCCUUCGUCAUCAUCACCAGCCAGUAUGGACACCAGUGAGGACCCUGACGCCGAGGAGGCGCUGAAAGGCUUUGACUUCCUGUCCAGCCCUGACGAGACGGACACCUCGUCAGAGUCCAGAGGGACUGGAGACGGCACAGACUGGGAAAAGGACAAGCAAGGUCCCAUUUCUGAGACCUGGGACGUGGACCCGGUCCUGAUAACCGAACUCAAGGAGCAGUACAAAAAGGAGCGCAAGGGGAAAAAGGGGGUGAAGAGACCCAACCGGUCCAAGCUGCAAGACAUGCUGGCUAACCUGAGAGAUGUAGAGGACUUGUCUCACAUGCAGCCUCCGUCCGCCCCGCAGUCCCGGCCCAAUGUGGCUCGCUUCAACGAACACGAGGGGAACCGGACGGAAGAAGUUGAGGCGCUUACUUUCCCCCCCACCUCAGGAAAGUCGUUCAUUAUCGGGACGGAUGAGGCGAUGGAGAGCGUUCUGGGCCUGGGAGAUCUGGCAGGACUUACAGUGGCCAACGAAGCUGAGAGCCUCGCUUACGAUAUCGGCAACAACAAGGACGCCAUGAGGAAGACGUGGAACCCCAAGUUCACCCUGAGGAGUCAUUUCGACGGGAUCCGCGCUCUUACCUUCCACCCCGUGGAGCCCGUCCUCAUCACAGCCUCAGAGGACCACACGCUCAAAAUGUGGAACCUUCAGAAGACCACUCCCGCUAAAAAGAGUACGUCUUUAGAUGUGGAACCCAUCUACACGUUCAGAGCUCACAGGGGAGCUGUACUGAGUGUUGUUAUGAGCAGCACAGGGGAGCAGUGUUUCAGUGGAGGGGUAGACGGCACCAUCCAGUGUUGGAACACUCCCAACCCCAACAUCGAUCCUUACGACUCCUACGACCCGGCGGUGCUGCGUGGCGAGCUGAGUGGACACACCGACUCGGUUUGGGGUUUGGUGUACAGCAGCACACACCAACGCCUCCUCUCCUGCUCCGCAGACGGCACCGUGAGGCUCUGGGACGCCAACACCACCUCUCCGGCCCUUGCAUUAUUCAAUGAAAACAAAAAGCUGGGAACCCCCUCCUCUGUAGACCUGGUGUGUAGCGAACCGGCUCACCUGGUCACGUCCUUCACUAAUGGGCAGAUCGGCCUCUUCAACAUGGAGACCCGGCAGCUGGUCCUCAGUCUGGAGUCCGGUUUGGAGCCGGGAACCCCUUGUCACAUCAACAAAGUCCUCAGUCACCCCACUCUUCCAAUCACCAUCACAGCCCAGGAGGACAGGCACAUCAAGUUCUUUGACAACAACAGCGGGAAGCUGGUUCACUCCAUGGUGGCCCACCUGGACGCGGUCACCAGCUUGGCUGUGGAUCCCAACGGGCUCUAUCUCAUGUCUGGAAGUCAUGACUGCUCCAUCCGCCUGUGGAACCUGGAGAGUAAAACCUGCAUCCAGGAGUUCACGGCCCACAGGAAGAAGUUCGAGGAGUCGAUCCACGACGUGGCGUUCCAUCCGUCUAAAUGCUACAUUGCCAGCGCCGGGGCAGAUGCUCUCGCCAAGGUGUUUGUAUGACGUGGAGCUCCCGUGUGUUCCCCUCCUCCUCCCCACCAUCACAGCUUCGCUCUCUGACUCAGUCUUUCAGGAUCAGGGACCAGUAGAGACUCAGCGGGGGGGGUGGGGGCGCUACCAGGCAGGGGUCCGGUCCCAUCUCACUCAGCCCACUGGUCACCUCUCAGACUUCAUAGCCUCCAAAAGGCUGGGACUCUCCUCCAAGAGGGUUGGCAGGAAGUCCAGUCGGGAGUAGAGCUGCUCUCUGGUCCCCUCCCUCCUCCACCCACCAUCCAGGCAGGCCUGGGUGUGACUGGCCACAGAGCCCCUGCAGACUCAAACUUAACCCUCCUCUACAGAAAGGACAAGUGUUAGAGGAGUGGAGGAAUGGGGUUCCACCCCUCGCCCCUCUUCCUGCUUAUUCCAGCUCCUUCAGAUCCUCAUCCAUAAAAAAAAAACAAGUCCAGACCCUUUUCUCCAAGUCAGGUUGUGCGUCCGAACCGCCAGGUGCCGACCCAGAAGCCUCCCACGUCCUCUUCUCUGCCUCCCAGACGGACUCUGCUUGCUGACCUGCCUUUCUUUGUUCCUCUUUUUUUAAACCUAAUAUUGACAAAUGUGCCUUUGCUUUAAAAAGGUCUUUAAAAUGUUCUUUUAACAAGCUUUCUUUGUGAGGGGGUGUUGAAAACGAGGGAGGGAGGGGAGGAGAAUCGGAGCGGGGGGUCACAAUGUUGUCAGUUUUAACAUUGGAUGUAAAAUUACAAAUGCUUAUAAUAAACAAAAUAUAUAUUCAGUCUUAAAAGGAAUUACUGUGCAGUGUGAGUUUGGGUGCUCCUUUUUGAUAAGUGUGGUUGGGAAAUUAGGUUGUUUUUUUGUGCGUGUGUGUGUGUGCGCGCGAGUGUGCGAGUGUGUGUGUUUCGGGGGCAAAGCUGGUAGCAGACAUUAAAUAUAUUAUUGCCUGUUUGUUAGAGCUGUACAACUUCAGAAGUCAAAGCUAAAGCGUUUGUGUCCAAAGUAAAGCAUCCUGGUUAUAGAAUUAAAACCCAGACUUGGUUCUAGAUGUCAGUUUUAGGAGUAACUAACACAUUUUGGCCAGUUCUCUCGUUUGAAUCGAAUGCCGUGUACUGUAUGUAGCCCCCACCCAAACACCGCCCCCUGCUGUUUGGACAUGCUUGACUACGAUGUGAUGUCCUGAUAUUUACAGUAGUCCCUUGUUUUAGCAGGAAGCUAGUGCAGUACUUUAGGUCUAUUUGGAAUGAUUUCACCGUUCAGCACGGAUGGGGGAGAAACGUACCGCCGGUCUCAGUUUACUGUAACAUGAGGAGGUUUAAAAAAAUAAAAGGAUGAAAUUUAAAUAAAGGUCGAUCAAGUCGUCGUACAUGGAGAGUACAGCUUUACAUGAGCCAUUUUCUCAGUCACUGGUUUGUAUAUGAAAGUAUGUUCAAAAUAAAAACCUGCUGUAAAAUGUUAA